CUAUGUAAUUAAGUGAGAGAAAACAUAUUGGGGACGGAUUUGUUAGUAUCGUGCAGACUGAGGGUGGACUGGUCGAUAUUAUAGGCUAUUCAGUUUGAAUAAGUAGAGUGUGGAAUCAGAUAUUCAGCGCUUUCUAUACUUUUCAUAAUGCUUUUAUGAAUUAACUUAUCACAUUAUAAAGCGCACUGUUCCAGAAUAGCAGGCUUUCUUUUUACCCUCGUUCACCGGCUCGGAUUGAGAUAGCCAUAUAGGGAUUCAAAGUGCUGCUUUGGAAAAGCAUAGCCUAUCUGCCAUAUCUUCUCCAUUUAAACUGAGAACAGAGGAUUGUUUGGACCUCCACAAUCUAACUGAUGUUCUUGUAUAACACCUUUGCGCGGAUAACUUCUCCACAAUCUUGCAUGGUGCUUUACGGGCAAGGAGGAAUGGCGCGAUAAAGUGGUAGCCUAUACCUGGCAUUCAGAGGAAUCAAUCCAAGUACCUAUUUUGCGUACACUGCUGGCUCAUGAUGUACUCUCCAAUUUGUCUUACUCAGGACGAAUUUCAUCCCUUCAUUGAGGCACUUCUCCCUCACGUCCGUGCCAUCGCCUACACGUGGUUCAACCUCCAGGCGAGGAAACGCAAGUACUUCAAGAAGCAUGAGAAGCGGAUGUCUAAGGACGAGGAGCGUGUGGUCAAGGACGAACUGCUCAGCGAGAAGCCCGAGAUCAAGCAGAAGUGGGCCUCGAGGCUCCUCGCCAAGCUCCGCAAGGACAUCCGCCAGGAGUACCGCGAGGACUUUGUGCUCAGCGUGACGGGCAAGAAGCACCCGUGCUGCGUCCUCUCCAACCCCGACCAGAAGGGCAAGAUCCGCCGGAUCGACUGUUUGCGGCAGGCCGACAAGGUGUGGCGCCUGGACUUGGUCAUGGUCAUCCUGUUUAAAGGCAUCCCGUUGGAAAGUACGGAUGGAGAGCGCCUCGUCAAGUCGCCGCAUUGCACCAACCCAGCACUUUGCGUCCAGCCGCAUCACAUUACAGUGUCAGUCAAGGAGCUGGACUUGUUUCUAGCAUACUAUGUCCAGGACCAAGACGCACAGCAGUCAGGAAGUCCCAGUAACAACCCUCCAGUUUACUUGGAAGACAGCUUCAUCAAAUCAGGAGUCUUCAGUGUUUCGGAGCUGGUGCGCGUGUCCAGAACGCCCAUCACCCAGGGGGCAGGGGUGAACUUCUCCAUGGCCGACAUGCCUAGUCAGCCGUACUACCAUGACCUGAACUCCAGCGUGGGCCUCCAUCGCUCCCUCUCCUCCCCACCUGGCAGUAAACGGCCCAAGACCCUCAACAUAGAGGAGAGUAUGGAGACCAGUCCCACUGGCCCUGACUUCUAUUCUUCCCCUAGCUCCCCAGCUAGCGGCAGCAGGACCUGGCACGAGAGAGAAGACCUGUCGUCUCCCACCAUGAAGAAGCCUGAGAAGCCUCUUUUCAGCUCCACCUCCCCGCAGGACUCCUCCCCCAGACUGAGCACUUUCCCCCAGCACCACCACCCCGGACUCACAGGGGUCGGACACAGUGUUAUAUCGACGAGGAGCCCUCCCCCCCACUCCCCCCUGCAGUUCUCUGCCUCGGCCAUCCUCCCCCCCGCCCCGUCACCCUACUUCUCUCACCCCACCAUCCGCUACCCGCCCCAUCUCAACCCCCCUGACUCCCUGAAGAGCUACGUGUCCAGCUACGACCCGUCCAGCCCACAGACCAGCCAGCCGAACAGCAGUAGCCAGGUGGGGAAGGUUCAAGGCCACUUCACCCCGGUCUUGGCCCCCUCUCCGCACCACGGCACAGUGCGACCCGUCUCCCUCUCCAUGCCCGACACCAAGCCCAUCACAUCAGAAGGCUACUCAGCCCCGAGCACCCCCACAGCCAAUCGUUUUGUAGGACUGAGCCCUAGAGAUCCAGCCUUCCUUCACCAACAACAGCUGAGGAUAUGUGACUGGACCAUGAAUCAAAACGGCAGGCAUUAUGGCCCCAGUGGCACUGAGGAUACUUUGGGGAUUGCUUGGCAAAGUCCUGGUACCUGGGCGAGCUUAGUUCCAUUCCAAGUCACGAACGGGACUCAGAUUCUGCCAACAAAUGCCCACCAGAACUACAGCAUAAACAUCAUUGGUGAACCCCCCCUCCUCCACACAGAGGCAGAGAACUGAAGACCACUCAAGGGGCAAGAAGUGUCGGCUACGGGGAAGCUAACCAGCAAGCAGCACUUAAAACAAUCGUGUUUACCCCCCCCCCCCCCUCUCCC